AGAAUGAAUGUGGAAGGGGACGGGCAAAUUCGGUUAUUUGACGUAUCGGAGCCCCAGGCACCAGAUGGUUAUACCAUAUACAAAGUGACAUUGAGAGUGUUUACAAAGUCGUCGGGUGUGUCGACAGAGGGCACAGAAGCGGUUGUGUGGCGUCGAUUUAGUCAGUUUCUAAAGUUACGAAAAGAACUGGUUCAAAUCUACCACAAGACCAAGGGUGAUGUGCUGGACUUUCCACUAUUUGUGAAAACCAAUUACUUUGAUCGAUUUAAAGAACAAGUAAUUGAAGAACGUCGUGUUGCUUGCCUACAGCUGCUACAGUUUGUUGGGAGCCAGCCAGUCUUAUACACAAGCAAACCAUUUACCAAGUUCUUUAAGGGUGGUUCUGUAGUUGCUAGUGGCAGCCAGUCUUCACUCGCAUCACUGGGCUCACUUCAAUCUAGGACUUCUGGGGAGGAGAACGGGCUUUCACGGUCAGACUCUGUGCCUUGUGAAGAUUUGCUUGAUCUGUCUGUGGGUGCUCUUGCUGCUAUGGAGAGAGAACCUUCUCAGCUGCCUGAUAUACAAUCUUCGUGGCCAUCAGUGUUUGAUAGCCCAGUUGAAAGUAAAAAAGAUUUUCUUGCAACAGGAGAUCCUGUCAACUCAAGCAAGCACAACCUUUACAACAGUGACUCUGAUUAUUCUCCAUUUGUGAAUCGACGGUCGCCAGAUGGUCAAGAACAGUUUGCUGGUGUGGUAGUUGAUGAUCUGGUUGAUAUUCGGCUGCCUUUGUCUGACAGAGAUAGUGAAAUGGAAGAAAAACAAAAUAUUGCAAUGAUUGGCAUGGAAUCUGCCGACGGAAAGGAGAGACAGUCGGUGAUUCAACCUGGUGGUAUUUCUGCAAUUGACUUAGACAAUUUACCAAAGUUGACUGUAAGUGAGUUAGGUGAUGUUCGUUGGGCAACUCAACAGAAUUCUCUUGAUCCAUCGUCUGGAUUCUCAAGCCCACCAGGAGGUGUGUGGCUUCACCAACAACCAUCUGAUGUUAGCUCUCUCAGUUCAAAUGAUGGUAAUAAUCAGGCUCAGUCUGAAUCGACUAUUGAUGUUGGCGAACUACGUAAAGUUCUUUCGGCCGAGUUUGAAGAACCACAGUUGUCUGAAGACAUGAGUCCAUUACACAGUCAAUUAACAUCUGAGCAAGUUUUGGAGCCAGUCAGUCAUACGAGCACUGCAACGUCUGACUCAGAGGCUGAUGGGCCUUGUGAGUUAAGUAUUUCCAAGACAUUAGCUUCCAAUCUCGAUAUUGUUGGAUUUGAGGCAGAAGAUGAUUGGUGGAAGCAAGCUCUUAGUGUGUGUGACCAGGAGCUUGCAGAUGGGCUAGAAAGUACAGAAGGACAUGAAACAUAUAAAGCUGAUAUCAAUGAUAAAAUAGAAAGAGAUAGUUUGUCUAGACACAACCAGUCAGAUGUGAACGAAGCAAUUAUGAGGGAGUUGGCAGCAACGUCAAGUGAUCUGCAGCCAGAAGGACCAACAGAGCCUGUAAAUAUCUCUUCUUGUCCAACUUCUGUUGUGUCUCAAGACUACGUGCUUGAGGCAAGCAAGAUUCUUAGUCAAGCGAUUACUUGUGAAGCACAGAGCGACUACCAGAAUGCAUUUGAUUUGUACAAAACUGGUGUAGAAAUGCUACUGACUGGUGUACAAAGUGAAUCAAACAAGACUAAAAGGCAGAUGGUGAGGAAGAAGACCGGCCAGUAUCUUCUAAGAGCUGAACUGAUAUUUAAACAAUAUAUUGGCAAAGAUGGAAGAGAGUCACUGUGGGAGCCAUCUCAACCAAAUCAAGUUGAUCAACAGCCAGAGGCAGUACUUCCUCAUUUGACAUUAACUGAUUUCAAAGUUUUGGGUCUCAUAGACAAUGUUCAGUUGGUUCAAGAUAAACAAACUGGUGAAGUAUACAUACUAAAGUCAUUGAGGAAGACACAUAAUCCUCAAGUGUACAGACGACGACAAAAAGGAAAACGAGGAACCAAGAAUAGAGGAACUGUGGAUUUGCAGUGUCCUCACAUGGUUCGAUUAAUUCACCACUUUGAUACACCAAGUUGUAUCUUUCUUGUCUUGGAGUAUAUUGCUGGUGGAAAGAUAAUUGAUUUUAUUAGCUCGAGGUGGGAUGAGAUAAAGAGGAGUGAGGCAGCUCAGCGUUUUCAAGGCAUUGGGCUGGCAACACAUCAAGAUAGGUUGACCUAUGAAGAAGCUGCUUUAGGGAAAGAUAGAGGACGUGUUGAUUGUAGAAAUGCAGAGGGCAGUAAGCAUAGAUUAGAGCAGAAUGUGUUAGAUAAGAGAUCAGAGGAGAUGGCUGGUUUGGAGCAGUUGCCUACUGGCAGUCAAGCACAACGUAGUUGUGGUGUAAAUGAGGUUAUAUCUGAGCAACAGAUUGCAGUAUGGGCAGCACAGCUAGUCAAAUGCCUUAGCUGUCUGCAUCAGUCAGGAGUUGUUUGCUGUGAUCUAAGACCGGACAAUCUGCUGCUUUCACCGGAAGGGAAUCUUGUUCUAACGUAUUUUGGAUAUUGGGAUCAAAUUGACAGGCAUUACCAUCCUGAGGCAGCAGCCGACUUCUAUAUAGCUCCAGAACUGAAUGGUAUGCUAAGGGUGAGUCCAGCGGCUGAUUGGUGGUCAUUUGGAGUUAUAUUAUUUGAGCUGUUGACUGGCAAGCGGUUUAAACACUGCAACCCAGGAGGUCCCCACUCUUACAUUCCUCUGAACUUUCCAGUGAAGGUGUCAAAUGCAGCAAGAUCCUUGAUUAGAGAGCUGUUGCAUGUAAAUGCUCUUGAGAGACUAGGCUCUGGCAUUGCUGGCAUAGAGGAGAUCAUUACUCAUCCAUUUUUCGGUCAUAUAGACUGGGAUAUUGUGUAGACGGUUGGUGACCGCUUUUCCUCUUUACAGUGAGAUGUAGAGGUACAUUUACGAGUAUACAUGUACAUGUACAUCGCAUGGAGUUGGGCUAAGUUAUAUUUGGAAGACUUUGCAAUAUAUAAUUAUUACAACGCA